AUGAGCGCCGAGCCGCCCUCGCCGCCGGCGCGCAAGGGUCAUUUCGAGGAGGAUGAUGAUGCAGUUCCAACGAUCCCAGAGCUUCGGCUGAAAGGGGACGGCUUGUGGUGGACCAUGCUGGACGUUGAUCUGGAGGAAGAAGCAGAGGAAGACAUCACCAGGCAGGUGGCAGCCCCGCCAGUGGCUGCGCCUUCCUUGGCGCCGCCCGUGCGCACGGUCCGGGAGCUGGAGGGCGCCCUAAACAGCCGUGGCACGCUGCCGGCCAGUCCCGAAGAGGGAGUGGACUUGGCGCCAUUGAUGCAAUGCUUGUGCUCUGAUCGCCAGGUGUUUGAACAAGACAGCACCUGGGACCAUGAGCUGAUCUUCCAGGAAGUCGCGAGUGCCAUCAACCAAGACAUGCUGGGCGACGGAGAGGGCAUCGAAAGCGAAGAGAUGGACAAUAUGCAGAGGCUGCCGCGAAAAGCCGCGUUGACCCGUGUGCCCCGGAAUGCCACGAUGUCUGGUCAGUCUGAUGAUCACGAGCAUGUGGACCGCAGCUACGAACGGGAGACCCUUUCGUGGUCAGAGUUCAAAAGCGGAAGAGUUGCCUUGUCCACUGCCUCAGAUGUAGUGAUCGUGGACCGUGCCAAGUAUGCUGGCAACAUCGGCUCAAUCUUGAGACACAUGCCAAUUCUGGGUGGGGCGCAGGUGCUAUUUCUGGCAAAUAGUUCAUACAGACUCCCUUCACCCUACCCGGUUUACACCCGAGGUUUCCUGAAGGAAGUGAUGAGAGUAUCUAUGGCUCGAAACUACGAGGACUUUGGAAGCAAGCUAUGUGUCCUGGAAGGGGAUGGAAAAGAAGAGCUGAUUGACCUGCUCCAGCGAUUGAAAGCCUUGGGCUUCAAGCUGCUGCUUCUGGAAAAUCGAGAAGUCUUCCAGGAUCCUCGGCUGGUCGGAUGCACAGCUGAAUCGAUCUUCCAGCAUCCCCUGAUGGAAGACCUCGGUGCGCCUUUAGCCUUCAUUUUUGGUGGGGAGGUUGGACAGCUGCUGCCGGAGGUCUUGCUGUAUUGUGAUGCUGGGGCCUUUAUCCCUAGCUCGGUUGGGGAGGGAGAAGAACCUUUGCUGAGACUUCCGGAGAGAAGUUUUUUUUGGGGGAUGUCACAUGCGAUAUAUAUAUAUAUGUAUAUAGCUCAUAUCUGUUCAAUUUGUUGUGUAUUUGUGCCAUUGGCCUAUAAUCGUUUUUCCCUUUCAUUUUUGUUGUCCGAGGCAGCCCACCGGACCCACGAGCAUGGCCACGAACCAACCGCAGAUGCGGUCGAUGUGCAUCCACUUCCGCGCUUGCGGACGCACUCGUGCAACGUGAGCGUGGCGGCGUGCGUUGUUUUGAGCGAACGCUUCCGGUGGCGCUACCGGAAUGAUUCUGC